UACAGUGCGUGGCGCGCGCGGGUCGGCACUGCGCGCGGUACUCACCCAGAGGGGACCAGCAGAGAUCACCAGAGUUCAUCAGUGAUCACUAGUACUCACCAGUACUCACCAGUACUCACUAGUACUCACCAGUGAUCACCAGUUCUCACCAGUACUCACCAGAGAUCACCAGAGUUCACUAGUGAUCACUAGUACUCACCAGUACUCACCAGUACUCACCAGAGAUCACCAGUACUCAGCAGGGAUCAUUAGUGAUCACCAGUACUCACUAGUACUCACCAGUACUCACCAGUACUCACCAGAGAUCACCAGUACUCACCAGUACUCACCAGGGAUCACUAGUGGUCACUAGUACUCACCAGUACUCACCAGGGAUCAUUAGUGAUCACCAGUACUCACCAGGGAUCAUUAGUGAUCACCAGUACUCACCAGGACUCACCUUUACUCACCAGUACUCACUCGUGCUCACCAGGGAUCACCAGAGAUCAUUAGCUCACUACUACUCACUAGUACUCACUAGUACUCACCAGGGAUCACCAGGGCUCACGAACACUCACCAGGGACCACCAGGGAUCACUAGUACUCACUACUACUCACUAGUACUCACCAGGGAUCACCAGAGAUCACGAACACUCACCAGGGACCACCAGGGAUCACUAGUACUCACUACUACUCACUAGUACUCACCAGGGAUCACCAGAGAUCACUAGUACUCACUAGUACUCACUAGUACUCACCAGGGAUCACUCGAACUCACGAGUACUCACCAGGGACCACAGGACACAGUGCUAACUCGUCCCUGCUCAUCAUUGACCGCAGGACCAAGCACACUCACUCGUGCCCACAUCCCUCUGGGAUUCGUGAGUCGUCCUGAGUCGUCCUGAGUCGUGGUGCUCACGGGACUCGGGACUCACGGCACCCCGCCGCUGCUGCUGCUGCAUUCCACCCGAGACGACACACAGUGCAGAGGGCACUCGAGUCGGGGCAAUACCACCACCACCACCACCGUCCUCGUCCUCCUGAAUCUCGCCGGGGUGACUUCCCUAAGCCGCAAGGAGCAGCAGCAGCAGCAACCCCAAGGGCCCUCUCGCACCGCCGUGGUCGUGGCGGUGAGGAGUGACGCGUCGCCCAUGCUCGCGUGAGGAGGCGCACGGAGAGCCUGUGGCGGAGUGCUGAGAGCAGGAGGACUACGACGCCAUGGCGGAGGUGGCGGUGGUGAAGGAGGGCUGGCUCUACAAGCGUGGCGAGUACAUAAAGACAUGGCGGCCGCGGUACUUCCUGCUCAAGACGGAUGGAUCCUUCAUCGGCUACAAGGAGAAGCCCCAGGACACCGACCAGCAGGACCCCCUCAACAACUUCUCUGUUGCAAAAUGCCAGCUGAUGCGGACAGAGCGGCCGAGAGCCAACACAUUCAUGAUCCGCUGCCUGCAGUGGACCACCGUGAUAGAGCGGACCUUCCACGUGGACACGCCGCACGAGAGGGAGGAAUGGCUUCGCGCGAUCCAGACGGUGGCCGACCGCCUGCAACAGCAAGAAGAUGAGACGAUGGACUGCAAGCCCAGCUCCCCUGAGGACGGUUCCAGCACGGAGCAGAUGGACACCAUUUUGAGCAAACCAAAAUCCAAAGUGACCAUGAACAACUUUGAUUAUUUAAAACUGCUGGGGAAGGGCACCUUCGGAAAGGUGAUUCUUGUACGCGAGAAGGCGACCGGCCAGUACUACGCCAUGAAAAUCUUGAAGAAAGAAGUCAUUGUCGCAAAGGAUGAGGUUGCACACACACUGACAGAGAACAGAGUGUUACAAACUACAAAGCAUCCGUUUUUAACGCUGCUGAAGUACUCCUUUCAAACCCACGAUCGGCUGUGCUUUGUCAUGGAAUAUGUCAAUGGCGGAGAGCUGUUUUUCCACUUAUCCCGGGAACGCGUUUUCUCUGAAGACCGGACACGAUUUUAUGGAGCUGAGAUUGUCUCUGCGUUGGAUUACCUUCACACUGAGAAAAAUGUCGUGUACAGGGACCUAAAGCUUGAAAAUCUCAUGUUGGACAAAGAUGGGCAUAUCAAAAUCGCAGACUUUGGGCUGUGCAAGGAGGGCAUCACGGAUGGUGCAACCAUGAAGACCUUCUGUGGCACGCCCGAGUACUUGGCUCCCGAGGUGCUGGAGGACAACGAUUAUGGGCGGGCGGUGGACUGGUGGGGCCUAGGUGUGGUCAUGUAUGAGAUGAUGUGUGGGCGCCUGCCCUUUUACAACCAGGAUCAUGAGAAGCUGUUUGAGCUCAUCCUCAUGGAGGACAUUCGCUUCCCACGCACUCUCUCCAAUGACGCCAGGGCACUGUUGUCCGGUCUGCUCAAGAAAGACCCCAAGCAGAGACUGGGUGGCGGCGUCGACGAUGCCAAGGAGAUCAUGAGGCACAGUUUCUUUGCUGGAAUAAUCUGGCAAGAUGUGUAUGACAGAAAGAUGACGCCUCCCUUUAAGCCGCAAGUAGCCUCAGAAACCGAUACGCGUUACUUUGACGAAGAGUUCACGGCACAGACAAUCACGAUCACGCCGCCGGACAGAUUUGACAGCAUGGAGUCCCUCGACAACGAACGGAGACCACACUUCCCGCAGUUCUCCUACUGCGCCAGCGGCAAGGAGUAGCUCCACACUGGCAACGCCACAGACCUCACGCCUGACCCAUCGCAAACGAACCCAUCCGCACCACCGGCCAGACCAAGGACACCUUCCCUUCUGAAAUGAGCUCGCGACAACCCCUGCCUCCGGUGCCAGUCGAUAACAGGCUCGAUACCUCCUCCCCUGCCUCGAGGAGAGCUCAAGGCAGGCAGUGCACGGCAAUGCUCAGGUGUGCUAGAGUGGUGUACUGGAUCACCUGAAGUUGCUGAUGAUCGCGAAGACGAACUCUGUGGGUGGCUUUCCACUUAACUGACGCAGCAUCAAGGCCUGAAGUUAUACAAAUGGGCAAUUGUAAUAAUUAUUCGUAGAGGCGUUAGGUACUGAGGCAAACACAGCUUUGUUUUGUACAAUUGUUUGCCGAAUAUAAUUACAAAUUGCCGUUGUCAAGUGUAGUAGUGUGAAUAUGGAAAAUGAGGUCUGACGUGUGAACAGUGAUAAACUGUUUCCCAGAAGAUAAGGUAAGCGAAAUUUUUAAAGCAAUUGGUGGAGUAAGCUGGUCAACGCAAGUCCCACGAACCAGAAUGAUGAGGGUCAGCCAUUGGGGAGUUUUUUAGACGUGAAAUUUGUUUUGCAUUUCCCCAACAUCUUUCAGCCUAGCACACACGGCUGCAGGUACAACAUGACUUCUAUCUACGGAAGAACCAUUACUUGGAUGAGCCCUGUUCACUGAAGAAUUAUGUUGUCAAAUUUGCAAGCACACCAAAGUAAAGACAAAAAUACAGAAUUGAAUGGACAAUAAAACUCAGUAUGGAUCAAUUUUUAAUUGUAUUUUAAAUCACAUCGAGAUUUUUUCCUCCUUUUUCCAAAGUGCCCAGGUCUAGUGAACCUGUUGUUUUUUAACCUCUCUUUUCUGUAAAGGUUUGCUGCUACAAUUAAAAAAAAACCCACUGCUUGUAAUCUUUCUUGUACAAAAAAAAAGACUUGCAUGUACAUAUCAUCCGUUUUAGUGAAAAUGUAGAAAAAGGGACAUUCAUUUUAUUUUAUGAAACCUGCUUUUGUUUAUGAAUUUCAAGUUCUACAAUGCAGUCGGCUGCAUUUCUAAACACUUCCACGCUGUGGUAAUAUUUAGGUAUUUGACAAAUCAUGUUGAAGAUUCUGCCGUAUGAACGGCACGCGAGCGCGACAUGGAAUAUUUAACAAUUCUGAUAUUAAAGGUGAUUUUUUUUUUUACUAAUUGGUACCCUGUGCACGAAUUGAUGUAAGAAAGCCAGCAAAAGUGAAUGUUUAAAAAGUGAAAGUGACUUAGUCAUUUUCAUUGCCUUAGUUUUGCUGCGACUAGUAAACUAUAAUUCUGCUAAAAUACUAAUACCGUAGUUCCUACAUUUGUGAAUAUACUGUAGAAUAGUAAAGCAAGCCAUUUUUCUCAAUUCACUAGCAUAGCCCUAGAAGCCAGAUCAAUGAAUGACAAGGUCAGGUCAUGAAAGCAAUAAAAACUACUGUAACAAAUGCACGUGGUUUAUUUGAGGUUAUUUUAUAUUUUCUACAUUGUACUGUAGAAAUCGGAGAGCUCAUGUCAAUUAGUGCCUCUAAUGAAAUAAUGCUGCAGGACUUUCAUCUGUCUUUUUAUUCCUUAACAAAAACGAAUUGUGCAAAGCAGGCCAGGAUGGAGGAGGCCUUUCCACGCAUUGGAUAUUUUCCACCCAUUCCAUGGACAGUCAUCAGCUGCAGCUGGGAUGUUUUCAUUGACGGAGCUUUCUUUCACAGGACUUAAGCAGAUUUAUGUUCUGUAUGGUAUAGCUUCACCUGGUGUACUAAUCACAGUUUGUCUGGGGUAAGUGUACUGGGACCCCCCCUCCUUCUCCCCCUUACCAGAGGCACUGGCCUAUCAGUGAAGCUUUGUAUGCUGUAAAACUGUAGUUGAAGUUUCAUUGCACAAAUGAUUUGUUUUUUUUUCAGACGCUUAAAUAAAAAAAUAUUACGUACCUCAU